AUGGCAUACCGAGCCAUUCCCCAAGCGUCCGCGAUACCCCAGGACCACAUCAUCACCGGGUACGAUCCCGGCUUUAGCUCGAUGGAGCAGCAGCAGCAAGAACAGCUGCACUACCAGCAGCAGCUGCAGCAGGACCAGAUGCUCUACCAACAACAACCGCAGCAGCAGCAGCAGCAGCAGCAGUUCCAACAACCGCAAACCAUCCCCUCCUUCUCCGUCCCGCGCAAACCCGUUUCCCCUUCCUACAAGGUCAAGGAGCAUGAGCCCUCUUUGACGAGCACGACGAGGGACUACCCCCGCCCCCGGGGUGGCCGGCGCACCCCCAGAUCCUCGGCCGACGCGGUCGUCGAAGCCACCCGCCUCGGCCCCACCGUCUUCCCCAUCAUCUUCGCCGCCAUCGCCAGCCGCUUCUUCCGCAACUACGCCCGGUGGAAAGCCGAGCAGCGCGAGGGCAUCGGCCUCGCCACCCUCGAGCAGAUCCUCGGCAGCCAAUCCUUUGCCGGCACCUUUGAGCGCGCCGUUUUCCUCCGCACCAACAUGCUCAUGGCCAUCGUCACCCUCAUGGUGUGGGCCAUGUCCCCCAUCGGCGGGCAGAGCUCCUCGCGCCUCCUGUUCCGCGACGUGCGCGUCGACGCCACCCCCAUGACCCUCUUCUACCCCAACAACAGCGCCACCAUGUCCUGGGUCGGCUCCGCCAGCGGGCUCGACGACGUCGAGGCCAUCCUGUCCACCAUGUACGCCGCCAGCCUGCUCACCUCCCCGGCCAUGAAGGCCGCCGUCACCGACAUGUGGGACCGCCCCAAGAUCCCCAAGUGGAACCGCUCCGCCGCCUACGACCUCGACGCCGACGGCUGGCGCGCCGUCGACCGCCAGGCCCUCGUCGACGGCGAGCACGACUUCACCUCCCUCCUCGGCCUCAAGAUGGAAGGCUUCACCCUCGAGUCCGACGUCAGCUACGACGUCACCGUCGAGAGCUCCUACAUCGACUUUGACUGCACCGUCCUCGCCGACGGCGUCGUCCGCAACAAGACCGAGGACGUCGUCCCCGCCUCCCGCCUCAACGUCACCACCCUCUUCCCUCUCAUCAGCGAUUUCCAAGUCACCCAGACGCCCCUCGCCGCCAAGUUCGAGGUCCCCGGCACCAACGUCUCCUACGGCCAGUGGAAAGUCUCCAACAGCGCCGAGCCCCUCAGCCUGCUCAUCGCCCUGCGCGCCCUCGCCCACGAAACCAAAGACCCCACCUCCGCCGUCUCCUACUUCCAGUGCGCCGCCACCCCGUCAUCGUCCAGACCCAGCUGCGCUGCGGGCCGGACCCCUCCACCGUCGCGCCUCCUCGCCAUCGACCACCUCAUCGCCUCGGCCACCGAGUAUUAUCUUCAUGGCGACACCGUCCUCUUCCAGACGGGCUCCAUCCUCUUCUGGAACACCACCGACAUGGGCGUCUUCUCCCGCCGCAUGACCACCGCCUUCAACACCCUCUGGCAAGGCUCCCUCGACCCCUUCAACGCCACCACCGCCUCCCUCCGCACCCUCACCGACGGCGACGACCCCGCCCAGGUCGCCGCCGCCAACGAGGUCGAUCCCAACGAUCCCAACAGCAGCAGCAGCACCGCCACCACCGGCCGCGUCCUGUCCUACGAGGCCCUCAACCAGACCUUCACCGAGGCCGUCAUCAUCCGCGCCAUCAUCCCCGCCGACGCCACCAAGACCCGCAAGACCGACGUCUACCGCGCCAACCACUACUGGAUCGGCAUCCUCAUCGCCGCCACCGUCGUCCUCGAGCUCAUCGCCAUCGCCAGCGCCGCUUUCGAGUUCAUCACCCUCGCCCCCGACGUCCUCGCCUACGCCAGCUCCAUGGUCCGCGACAACGUCUUCGUGCCCCAGCCCGCUACGGGCUCCGCCCUCCACGGUACCGAGAGGUCCCGCCUGCUCAAGGAUAUGCGCGUCCAGAUUGCCGAUGUUUGGCCCGAGAAGGAGGUGGGCUACGUGGCGUUUUCGGCGGUGGGCGAGGGUCCGCCGUGGAGGCGGCUGACGCGGGACAGGGUGUAUAGAUAG